UGAAAAACACCGGGUCCGAAUGCCGCCAACGGUCAUUAUUUUCCCAUGCGGAAAAACCUUGAGGAGGGGACUGCGGUACGCAGUGUUGUGACACCAGCCCCCGAGCCCCCUGCUGGCUAGAAACGCCACCGAGGUUUGAGAUGGCCGAGCAAUAAAUCGUGCGUGCCUGGCGUGUUUGCUGAGGCCGUCACUGACCACGUGGAAAUAGCAGAGGGAAACGGAGUUGCGGAAAGAAGGAAAACAGGGUUGUUUUACAAUACAUUUACUUUUAAUUGUAAGCCCAUCCCUUUGGGUUGUGGCUUAACAAACUUUCAGCUCUCAUUGGCAACGGCUUCCGUGGGAUGGGCCAACAGUCCUACCGCCCUUUUUCUUUGUCUAUUUCACCUAUAACAAUCGAGACGAGGUGCUUGUUCCUCAGUCUAGGCUGUAAUCACUAAACCUGAUAGAUCAGUAAGACUCCGUACGAUGCAACGCUAGUCUGGGCCGUAACCACUUAGUGGUAGAACAGUGAGACUCGGUUGGUCGUAUGUAGUGACAGUUGUCCUAGGCUCUAACUUAAGACAAGUCGAAGAGUAAGGCGCUGUUUACUUGUGUGUUUUGCAUCAGUGUUGUUUUGCUAACUCUGCAUUUGACUGUGUAAAUAUUUUCGUUGCAAUAUAUCCUCAAGUUUUGUUACCUCCAACCUGCCUCCUGCUUCAUCAACGCCGAUAAACACCUUGAAGAGACUUUCAUCGACUUCAAGGACAAAGAACAAACUUAACUGGCGCAGUCGACAGGAUCGGCGAGCUCUACAACAUCGAAUGCUGGACCAGUGGUGAGAGGAUCAAGUCAUCUAACGACCACCUCCCGCACCUUCGAGAAGACCCCAAAGCAGCCAAGUCCGGCACCGUGGAGGAGAUCCGGAAAUGGCAGUGCAUUCAGCAACGGGUGAGCAGGAUUUCUUGCGUCUUUCUCAAGUUGGCAUGGCAGUUGGUGUGUAGAGCUCAUGGUGAGGACACGCGGGGGCGCAGAGACAAUGGAGUCUAAUGGAGUUGAGGGUGCGACUGUGGCGGAAAUGGAUCGGAAUCAGGAGUUAUCAAAUGUCGGUAUUCUAAAUUCCGAUAACUCAAAUGAAGUGAGAGCACCCAAUCAGAGCCAGGAAUUGUCGCAGCAGGUAUCUCAGCCUUUGCAAAUUCCAAAUGAUACAAGAAUGCUCGAGCUCGAGGUUCAAAAGCUUCAACUUCAGAUUGAGUACGAAAGGCUGUUGCAGACAAGGACGAGUGCUGAACGUCUCAAUGUUUCGUUGCCGAGCACUGGGUCUGAGCGGGGCGAUCAGAGGCGGAUGGGUUUCGAUUCCAUCGAGCAAUGCGCAAAAGUGCUGAAAGGGUUCCGCCUGCCGUGUGACGCGGAUGUACCAUUAUGGUUUGAGGAAGUAGAAAAACUUUUUGCUACGUACAGGGUACCGUAUGAGAGUCGCGUGCAUCUGGUCAUGCCAGCGCUAACUGAACGCGUCCUCUACCUACUGCGUAACCUCAGCCAGGAAGAAAGUACAGAUUACGAGUCAGUUAAAGAGGCAGUGUUGAUGGAACUGAAGCUUUCUCCGGCAGAGUAUCUGCAGAGGUUUGAGAGAGCAGUGAAGCGUAAGGAGGAGACGUGGUCACAGUUCGCGUCGCGAGUGAAAACGUAUUUCUCUUACUACCUCCAAGUGAGAGGGGCCGACACUGUAGAGGUGAUGGCAGAACUCAUGGUAGCAAAUCGUAUAAAAUCGGGCCUUGGUAUAGAGGGUCUCGAGUACGUGAGGCUACGAGAAGGCGAGGGAUGGCUUAAGCCACCUGAGAUCGCCAAAGUACUACAAACGUUUGAACAGGCAAAAGGCAAGGGGUACGCUUCAAAGCCGUCAGCGGCAGACAUGGGGCAAGAGCCGCCCCGAGUAGAGAAAGGCGCCCUCAAAUGUUACUUGUGUCACGGCUCGGGCCACGUCGCUAAGGAUUGCCCGAAAUCUAGCGAUAAGAUAAAUCAAUCAAAGAGGGCUAUCGAGCCAAGGCAGAGGGUACAAAAUAUACCUGAGGGAAGUGAGAUUCCUGAUGGAAUCCUUACUGCAAAUAUAAAAGCCGUGAGACGCAACUGUGAAGGGAUGACUAAAGUACAGUUAAUUCAUAUCUCAUGCGGAGAUGUAUCCACAGUUGCGAUUAUGGAUACAGGGAGUGAAAUAACUGUUAUACGGGAGAAUCUGCUUCCGAAAAGUCUCGUGGAGCCGUCAGGCACGGUAAGAUUGGUGUCUGCUUUUGGGAAAAUUAUCCAGGCAAAACUGGCUACGUUGCCGGUAAGGUUAAAUAGCCCGAAUAUGGCUGCGGAACCUCAGAACGUCGACCUACUCUGUGCGUUGACUAAUGAGCUCAUCGAGGGCACGGAUUGUUUGUUGACCCAUGAAGAUUUGGAACUGUUGUUGAAGGCCAACAGCUCUGUGCCAUACCGCGGAGCACCGGCCGAGCCUGUCCAUGUGUUAGAACAAUCAAAUGAGUCAGGAGGCGGUCACUCCCCAGCGCCUCCGGGCAGCAACCGUUUCUGUUUUUGA